AUGGCAGAGACUACUAGUACAGCUAUGUACUGGUAUACUGGGGAUGUUAGGCACUGGUUGGUGAGUCUGAAUCUGAAUCCAAGCGAUCUACCUGUACUGCUACUAUCUAUAGUUGUGGUGGGUAUCUUACUAAGAUUGGCAGUGUUAUCGCUUCACAAUCUCAACGUUAAGAGAAGCAACAAUCUCAAGAAGAAGAAGAAGAAGAAGCAAAAGCAGCUUAUUAGUAACGGUAUUCAAGAUGAGCAACUACAUGACAUUGUACAUGCAUCAGUGCAGAGAAAACAAGACUUCCUUGAGAAAGUGGGAGAUGACUAUGGAUACCCCAAUUCCCCAGCUGGAUUCAUUGACCACUGGAGACACAAGGAGUUUCCUGCUUUGAUCCAUCCCCUACAACUACAACUACAUUCAGAUGUACAGCAGUCACUCCAUACCAAUAAUAAGGAUAAGGAAGUCUAUUUGGAUCAUGCAGGAUCUUCUCUGCCAUCUCAGUCCCUCCUACACAACAUUUACACUCAACAAAUAAGCCAAACGGCUGCCAUUCUCGCCAAUCCACACUCGGGAGGACCAGCCGCGUCUCGUACAUUGCGACUCAUCGAACAGGUCAAGAAGGAAAUACUCGAUCACUUUCACGGUCAUCCAGGACGGUUUGCAACCCUGCAAUCACCACCUUCCAACCAAGAACCAUCAAAUCCAUCAAAUCUCUAUCAUCCCGGAUAUGACAUAAUCUUUACAUCUGGAACCACCGAGGCACUCCGCAUUGUGGCAGAACACUUUCCAUGGACCAGUCACAGCACAUUCCUAUAUCCACACAAUGCACAUACUUCCGUCAUUGGAAUGCGGGGGCCUGUACUGGACAAAGGCGCCGGCUUUGUCUGCAAACAUCUCUCGGACAUUACCCAACUGGCUCGAGAUGAUGAUGACAAUCAUUUGGUCGACACGCUAAAGCAGUGGCAAACACAAGCUAUACGGCAUUCACAGCCAUCGACUAGUACAACGAAUCAGCCAGAGGCGCACAAUCUGCUCCUGGUCCCCGCCGAGUGCAAUUUCGGUGGAGAUCGUCCGGAUUGUGCCACUUUGGUACAACGAUUCCGACAACAACAAACAGGUUGGUCUGUCAUGCUCGAUUUGGCCAAGGCCGCCAGUACAGGUCCCAUCAAUCUGCAACAACUCGAUCCCGAUUUUGCCUGUGUCUCCUUUUACAAACUCUUUGGGGCUCCCACCGGACUCGGAGCGCUCUUUGUACGACGACAACAAUCAAAGAACGUGCUGCUCCACAACAAUCACAACAACAACAAGCAUCACUACUUUGGUGGUGGAUCGGUCGACGUGGUCGUGAGUAAUGCCGAUUUUGCCGUCCGCAAAAGCAAUGCCGGUCUGACCCACGGAACCAGUCAUUUCCGAGGCAUUGUGGCACUGUCUCAUGGAUUGCACGAUCUGAAUCAUCGACUGGGGGGAAUGCAUCAGAUUCAACAACACACGCACAUUCUCGCACACGAGUUUUGUCAACGAGUCCAAGCAUUAUCGCAUGCCAACAAUGGACGACCCGCCGUGGUCCUCUAUGGAGCAUGGGGACACCAACAGCCACAACAAAACAAUAAGCCGGGACCCGUCGUGGCCUUUAACAUUUGUCGGAGUGAUGGAUCCAUUGUGGGAUACACAGAAGUCUCCAAGUUGGCCGGUCUUUACAAUCCUCCGCUGCAACUUCGGACGGGAUGCUUUUGCAAUCCCGGGGCUUGUCAGGAUGCCCUGGGCUUGACCAAUGACGAAAUUAUCGACAAUUAUCAAACGGCGGGCCACGUUUGUGGCGAUGAAAAGGAUGUCAUUAAUGGCAAGCCAAGUGGGGCCAUUCGUGCGAGUUUUGGAAAGGAUAGUUUGUGGGAAGACAUGGAUGCACUCGUCAUGUUCAUUCAGAAGCACUUUGUAGUUUCGGACUCGAAUGAUAAUGAUGCCAAGACACGGACCGAAAAGAAGCACUCGGAUGCCUGUACCGACACGACGGCAACAUCAACCGCAAGAGCCUUCAUUUCGGAAAUGUACAUUUAUCCCAUCAAAAGCUGUGCUGCCCAGCAAGUGGACCGUUGGACUCUUACAUCACCAUCUGGUCGACUCCAGUAUGAUAGGGAAUUUGCUCUGGUGGAUUCGUUUGGCACGGCCAUGCGUCUUCAGAGGUUUCCCAAAAUGGGAACCAUCCGGCCUUGUAUUGAUCCACGCGAAAAGACACUGACAGUGUCGGCACCCGGGAUGGAAGAUCUCGUCGUUCGGCUGGACAAGGCAGAGCGUUGCUCUAAUGAUGAUGACGACGACGACAUGAAGAGCCUUGUCAGCGUCUGUGGCAACAAGUGUUCUGGCGAGCUUUGGGGUGGCAUGGCCGCGUCGGAAUGGUUUUCAGGAUACCUUGGUGUGCAGUGCUGGCUGGCAAGAUACUCAACGAGCAAUGAUGGGGUGUGCAAGAAACGGAGAGAAACGAAAGAUGCGGGCGAACCUAACAACAACUCGCGUGCCUUCUCCAACGAGAAACCCAUCCUUCUCUUGUCCAAGCUGGCAGUGGCAAAGCUGAACGCAGUUCUCCGCCAUCAAGGUCAACCAACCGUAACCGCCAAACACUUUCGACCGAAUUUGGUGGUGGAUAUUGACAGCAGUGACAGUUCGAACAGCAAAAGCUUUUCUCAUCCAGAAGAUACUUGGACUUCCGUCACGAUUGUACAAAGUGGUACCAAGCUACUCAAUGCAGGCCUCUGUGCUCGUUGUGCCAUGGUAGAUGUCGACCCAACCACGGGAACAAAGGGAAAGACUCUGCAAGCUUUGGCCGAAUACCGACGGGAGGGUGCCAAUAUCAACUUUGGCAUUUUCCUUCAGAGUGAAGGCGUGGGUCACGAUGACGAGGUGUUGGAACAGGGUUGCGUUGUUGAGUGGGAGUAA